GGUGACGGGUGGGCACACAACUCAAACACCCCAUCAGUGUGUCAGCUGAGAGGGUCGGUGCCAGACGUAGAUCCUGUCCUUGCUAUUACUAGCAACUGGCUAUAAGAGAGAAGGACUUGCCUGGGGUAGACACACUGACAACACACAGUUGCAACUCCGCAGGAGGCAGCGAACUUACCCGCUGCGAUACCUCAAGCUCUAACAAGUCAUUCCGCUCCGUCACUCAGCAGCAGAGACAACACAGACACUAGUGAUGGAGGUGUACAGCUUACAGUUUCUCUUUAUGGGGAUUAUCUUCCUCCUGACAACGGGAGUGGGCCUGGCACCGGUGCUCCUUCGCGGAGUGUCCAAGAAGUUAGUGACUCGUGCUGUGAUUAGGCACCGAAUCCUCUCCUGUGCGUCUUGCUUUGGGGCAGGAGUGUUCAUCUUUGUAUGCUUCAUGGGACUACUUCCCGCCGCGGAUCGCAAGUUUCAUAAUUUUCUGGAGGAACUGGGCCACACGGACGAAAGCUGGGAGGCCUUCGCUGAGUUUCCAUGGGGAUUCUUCGUCGUCAUUUGCGGCUUCCUUAUCAUCUUUACCAUCGAUAAAUUGGUCCAUGUGAUAGAAAACGAGCGCCGUGGAGGCGAAACGAGCAAUGCUACCUCCAGCACCCUCUUGGCCAAAGCCUCCACCGACCCUGCAACACACAACCCAGACCCCGAGAGUAAUGGCGUCCCUCCGCCAGACUACGUCAAGGAGAGUCACGUUGGACACGAGCAUGGCGGUCACGGCGUGCCCACCUCGAUAAUCUUCUUGCUAGCACUGGGUGUGCACUCACUCUUCGAGGGCAUGGCCGUGGGCCUCCAGACCCAGAAGGAGAAAGUAUUAGAAUUUUCAGUCGCUGUGUUGGUGCAUGAGCUUGUUAUGGCAUUUUCCUUCGGCAUGGAGGUCAGUUACAAUACUACGCUGAGUCGGUGGGGCAAGGCUUUAUACGUAAUCAUCUUCACCUCCACCAUCCCGCUGGGCAUCGCUGCCGGGGUGGGUCUGCAGUCAGCCAACUCAGCCUAUAGGGAAAUUGUGUCUGCAGUGCUCGAGGCCUUUGCGACAGGUAUCUUUAUCCACGUGAUAUUCAUAGAGGUUCUGGCCAAGGAGUUCCCGCACCACCACCACCACCACCACCAUCACCACCAUGAUAAUGAGCUGGAGGCAGAAUCCACGAAGACCAAGCCCACCUCCGAGGUGUGCCUUCUGCUGGAGAAGGUGGUGUGCAUCUGCUGUGGCAUAGCGACCCUCAUUCUGCUGAGUGUGUUCAUGCACGCGCACCACUAGCUGCCUCUUCUCUCGCCAGGACAGCCAUUAAAAUGAAACUCAUGCACACUUUUGUUCCUGUUCAGGGGAUGACAAUGCUCCACUGAGAAUACUGACAAAGUCUGUUGUCCCCGAUAAGAUGAAUCGGAGACUAGGACUUAUGGGAAGCAAAAUCCUACGACAAGCGGAUGUAAGGGCUCAUUCCGUUGACGAAGCGUGAUACAUUUACAAGAACAACGGAAGCAAGAUACAAGGACGGAUUAUUCAUUCCUGUGCACAGUAUUCAGGAACAUGUUUCCCUUGCAUUCCCUGCCGCGUCUUGUGCGGGCCGCUGGGCGUGCCCAGGCAGGAGAACAGGCUUAUAGUAUUACAUGUACUUUUAAGAUGACUUCUAGUCUUCCUAUGUCUUGCUUUUGUACAUAUUCUACUUGUCAUGUUUUUGUACAUAUUCAUCCUGUAUUUUGCUUUUGUACAUAUUCUACUUCCUUGUGUACAUGCGUCAGAACAAACUGCACUUGCAAUGAACGAUAAGAAUUUUUUUUUUUUAUUCUUUCUAUUAAUAAAUCUGCUUUUAACCAAAUUUCAGUUAUCUAAAGGAAUACAUCCUUUAAUGAAAUGUAGUAAACAAGUAAACAACAAGUAAACAACAAAUUAGAACAACAAGAAAGUGGACACCUCUGUGAGAGGUGGCAAGGCACAGUGUUCCCACAACACGCUGGUUCCUCUGGUGAUAUCCUUGUCUGCCGCAUUAUCAUUUUCGUUUUUUCUACUGAACGAAAAUAAUUGUUCAGAUAAGUACUUAAGAUAAACUAAUCACAAGAAUUGUGCCUCAAGAUAUUUCUUUGUUUUCCUUCAUAAUAUUUUUAUCUGAUAAUUGUUACUUUUUUGUGCGUAUUAUUCAUUCUCCGUAUCAUUACAAUUAUCACUGCUUAUUAACAUUGUUACUGCAUUCAUUCUCCAUAUCAUUACAAUUAUCACUGCUUAUCAACAUUGUUACUGCUACUACUGUUACUACUACUAUCACCACUACCAUCAUCAUUACCAAUACCAUUACUGUUGUUACUAUUGUAUCUAUUGCUUCUGCUAAUACAGCAUGUAUAUGCAGGAGCCGGCUGACUUCGCUAUUUUAACAUUAAAAAAAAAUAUAUAUAUUUGUAAGAGGGAAUUUUAAUUAGUGUUUGCCACUCUUAUAACAUCGCCGUGUGCGGUGCCUGUGAGCACUUCCAGGUUGAAUUACCUUGACAGUUUAAGAGCAGGAAGUUGUGAAUGGCGUUCAUGCAGACACUUACAAAUAAACCUACCUUAUUGGCGGAGAUUACGUAUUCA